AUGCUCAGUGUCUUACGAACUUGUAGGUCCAUGUCCCACCCCGCCACACUGCCCUCAAGGUUCGACGUGCUCAUCGCAGCCGACUUGAUGUUGAACCCACCCCCACUGACAUCGCACCGGGUCUUCCGCGGAGUUCACACAUUCCCAAGACGCUUACACCACCUCACAGGUAGGACGAUGACGACCAAGACCACCUCAAAUGCGGGUGGGAACGAGUUUACCAACUUUGCCAAGGACAAUUUCAGUCAAUCCGGUACGUCGCCCCGUCGCCCGAGUAGUAGGAGUGGGGAGGCCAUCGACGACGGUAGUCCUAGGCGUGCUGACCACUCCGGUGAUAAUGAUGAUGUUGAUGUACGACCAGGUGGUUCCGGCCUAUACGAUGCUAGUCGACCUACGUACCCCAAGCAAGCUAUCAAGGACAUUCUCGCCCAACUUCCCCCGCGCUCGACCGUUGUCGAGUUAGGAGCCGGUACCGGCAUCUUUACGAGGAACUUUAUCGAGGCCGUAUCGACGGGGACUGAUGGGCAGAACGCGAUUGAGAAAUGGAUCGCUGUGGAACCUUCGGAAGGGAUGAGGAAGGGUUUCGAGCACAAGUGGGAUCGAACGAAUGGGGUCGACAUGGAGUGUGUGGAUGGACUGUUCGAUAAGAUUCCCGUGGAGGAUGCCAAGGCCGAUUUGGUACGUCCUUGGGGGUGUGAUAUAGCUUUCAUCGUUAUAUCUUACUAAGCUUCAAGUUCCAACCCGUACAGGUCUGUAUUGCCCAAGCGUUCCAUUGGGUCGGCACUGACGGAUCCAAAGCCAUGAAAGAGAUCGCGCGCGUUUUGAAACCCGGUGGAUUGUGCGCCAUGAUUUGGAACCUCGAAAACAGGGAACAGCCUUGGGUCGCUAAAGUUCGGGAGAUUUAUGAGCAUCAUGAAGCGGGUGAGCAGGGGAGUGGUCGAGUGCAGUUUGUGACGAUGGCAAGGACUGAUAUCUGGGUUUUCCGACAAAGGUACCCCUUAAUACCGCCUGGGGCUGUGGAAGUCCAUCUUCCAAACGGACGAAUACAAGUCCUCAUUUUCCGAACACUCUUUGAAGAAUUACUCCCAAACGUUGACGACGAACGAAGACCUUGUCGUUAAUCGUGCGCUGUCCAAGAGUUAUAUCACCGCCUUGCCCAAGGAGAAGCAGGAUGAGCUGGCGGGGAGGAUCCGGGAUCUUGUCAAGGGCGCCAAGGAUAAGGUCUGGAUCGACGAGGGGAAGGGGACGUUUGGUGAGUUGCUGAACUGUGAUACGCCGGAGAGCUACAAGGACUUGACGAGAUUUUCUGACUUUUACUCGUGCGGACCGACAGAAUAUCCCUAUACGAUCGAUCUCUUCACUUUUACACGCAAAUAG